AUGCCUGAAGUGGAUCAGAAUACCGGCAGUGAGCAUGAGGUGGAGGAAACAGUUGAGGCAGAAGUACACGGUGGCAAAGAGGCGAUUGUUACUCAGAAGUGGCCUAGGUGGCUUGGGGAGAGUGUGUGUCGGAUGUUAGUUUCUGCACAAAAGGGUCUUUCUCUAAAUGCUGAUGGAGGUCUUGGUUUUGGACCUGCUUCUCAAUAUAUGCCACCUCCACAACAACUCGAAAGUUAUUAUCUAACAGCCGAGAUCCCUCAUCUAGUUGAAAGACAACCCCAUCAAGGAGCGAGUAUAAGAUUUCUUAUUCUUCUAGUUCUUCGAGUAUUUCCUGGAAUUGAUAUGCUUCGCCUCAGUCUUCACCCAAAAUCUAAGUGUGAUGAGGAUGUUGAGUAUUAUAAGAAUUUGGCUUCAGGCUAUAGCUCCCAAGAGGGAUCAAAGAUAAAGACAAUAUUUACAUUGUAUCAGCUCACAAGUAUUAUGGCUCUUUCCUUUGAUACAUUGCAAGGUGGUGAUUCUGUUCUGAUUACUUUGGAACCAAUGUGGGUGUUAGAGGACUUUUGGGGGGCCGGGAUGGAUGGGGCGGGGAUCAUUGAGCAUAUUUUGGGGACCUCAUAUGUACUUGUCAAGGAUUGUUCGAUCAAGACUAUAAUUGUGCCAUCUCAAUACAGAGGCACAGGUCGCAGGGGUGGUAGAUCAUUUAGAGGCUAUGGUCGUGGUCGAUUCAAUCACCACCGUGGUAGGGGACGUGGUAGGGGUCCUGGUAGACAGAUCUCAUCUCAUUCUUCUGAAGCCACUAUUGCUAAUGAACCAGAUGUGCCUGCUGCUGAUGGGGCCACUUCGGUGAUGCAACCAUCAUCAGUCUCUGGGCAAUCAUCAUUACCUAAUCCCGCACAAGUUCCAUCUGCACCAUUUCAGGCACCACCACGUAAGUUAUGGUGUGAAAUUUGCAAGGCCGAGUGCAAUACUCCAGAAAUGUUGGAGCAGCAUACAAAUGGAAAGCGGCAUAGGAAGAACUUGCUAGUUCAUGAAGAAGUACAAAGACUCAAAGCUCUAAACGGACAACAGAGUGAAAAUAUUUUUACUUCUGAAUCAAAUUUAACAAUCCAACCUGAGAAAGUUGAAUCUGCGAUAAAAGGAUUAGCAGAAGAAAAAGUGGGUUCUGAAGCUCCAAUUGAUAGUCACAAUGAUGAAACUGAGCUUCAGAAUAAUGAAGUUGAGGUUAAAACUGAAGAGCCUCAGGAGGAACCUAGAGAAAACUCUUCCAUACAAGGACAUGGAUUCAAGCGUCUGAUGAGCGGAGGCAGAGGAGGUAAAUAUAUGAGGAGUGAUGAUGGCUCAAGAAAACUAGUGGAACCUCGAAAGCCUAAGCAUAAGCAGGUUACAUCUCUCAUAUGUGAGUUGUGCAAUGUCAAAUGUGAUUCCCAAGUUGUCUACAAUAGUCAUUUGACAGGAAAAAAGCACAUGUCAAAUUUCAAGCGUGUCCAUGGUUACCAGGCUUUGAAUGGCGAAGCAGGGAUCAAACCAAUUCAGUCUCCUGAUAUUAGUACUGUGUCAAAUGCAAAUAAUUUUCCAGUCCAACAAGGUGUUAGUGUCCCACUGGGAACUAGUGAUCCACGGAACCUUCUAGCUCAACUCCUUGCGACUGUGCUAUCCAAUGUCCAAGUACUGCCAAUAGCACCACUGUCAUGUCCUGUGGCUGAUCAGAUACAAGCACCAACAUUCAUGGCUGGAUCAAGUCAUGAACCUCCGUCUCAAAAGUUGUCAGAAACACAAGUCUCAGAUUCCAUGGCACAUUUUGGGAGAGAAAAUCCUGCUGGUAAUAUAAAAGAUAAGAUGUCAUCUGUGAUAUUGCAGCUGGAUGAGACUGCAGUUUCAAGUAAUAAUGGUAACCCUGAAAUUGUAGGUGGAAGUCCUGCAAAGGAAGAAACGGCGGUGAAACUUCCCCAGGGUAGUGCAGUUAUGACACCAGCAGAAAACCCAGUUGCGGCACAUAAACAAAUACCUUCAUAA